GGCGCUGGGGAUGCCAGCUGCAGCGUUGGGACACACAGACCCAGAGACACACAGACCUAGACACGCAGGGCUCAGGGCCCUCGGAGGGACCCUGUUCCCUCCUCUCCCAUCGUCCAGGGCUGUCCGCGCACCCCAAGUCUCUGGGCUCCAGCCCCCUUCUUAGCCUGGGAUCUGCACAGCAUUGGGGGAUCCAGGAAUCCACUUCAAGACUGCCAGCAAAAACGGACUGGACCCCGCACCGUCCGGCUCCAUUCGGCCCCAGCCUCAGCCCUAACCCCAGCCUUGACCUAGGCCCAGGUCCAGCCAGCCCUAUCAUGACAAAUGACUAUCAAGACCUUCAGCAUCUGGACAACGAGGACAAUGGCCAUCAGCUUAGACAAGCGCCACCUCCGCCCCAGCGGCUCUUCCGGAGACUCUGCUCCGGACCCUGCUUCCUCCUGCUCUCCCUGGGCCUCGGCCUCCUGCUGCUGGUGGUUGUCUGUGUGAUCGGAUCCCAGAACUCCAAGCUGCGGGACGAGCUGCAGGCCCUGAGGGUCACGUUCAGCAACUUCACGGCGAGCACGGAGGUCGAGGUCAAGGCCCUGAGCAGCCAGGGGGGAAGCGUGGGCAGGAAGGUGAAGUCGCUGGAGUCCCAGCUGCAGAAACAGCAGCAGCAGCUCAGCGAAGAUCACUCCAGCUUGCUGCUGCACGUGAAGCAGUUCGUGUCGGACCUGCGGAGCCUGAGCUGUCAGAUCGCCGUCCUGCACGGCAACGGCUCCGCGGCCUCCUGCUGCCCGGUCAACUGGCUGGAGUUCGAGGGCAGCUGCUACUGGUUCUCCCGCUCCGGGAAGACCUGGCCGGAGGCGGACAAGUACUGCCGGCUGGAGAACGCGCACCUGGUGGUGGUGGGCUCCUGGGAGGAGCAGAAGUUCAUCCAGCACCACAUGGGGCCUGUGAACACCUGGAUGGGCCUCACCGACCAGAGUGGGCCCUGGAAGUGGGUGGACGGGACGGACUACGAGAAGGGCUUCAAGAACUGGAGGCCGGAGCAGCCGGACGACUGGUACGGGCACGGGCUGGGCGGGGGCGAGGACUGCGCCCACUUCACGGACGACGGCCGCUGGAACGACGACGUGUGUCAGAGGCCCUACCGCUGGGUGUGCGAGACAGAGCGGGACGCGGCCGGCUAGGAGCACCCCCGCCCCCUAAUUUAUUUCCUUGGCGCCCCCACCUGCCGGACGAUGCUGCCGUCCCGGGUGGGGGGCGGGGAUGGGGGCUCCUCCACCUUCUCGGGGAUGUUUGAUCUGGGAUUUUCAGGGAAGUUUCGGGGACGGUGUCUGAGGAAUGCAGGAAUCACGUUUGGAGGGGCGGGGAGACGGCAGCCCGUUUUCCGCGCUUUACAGGUGGUUGUCAACGUGUUUCGGAGGAAACAAUGAACGGAAUAUUCUAAACGUG